AGCAGUUUCUCCACCGGAUAUUACAUUGAAUCUGAGGUCAGGCGUUCUCUCUCACAGCCAUCUUGGAAAUAGCGUCCUGAGUCGCGACCAUGCCUGGCGAAGCAACAGAAACGGUCCCAGUCACCGAGCAGGAGAUGCAGCAGCCUCAAGCGGAGACUGCUCCGCCUCCUGCGCCAGCUUCCACCCAGCAACCUCAGGUAGCUUCUGGCCCCGCAAAGGCCAAAGGCAAAGAUGCCAAGGGUGGGCAGGGUUCUUCUGCCCCAAAGGCUGUACCUGGCAGAAGAAAACGUUCCUCUAUGUCUGCCUCUUCCUCCUCACCCACUUCACCUAAAUCUACUCCAUGCUCUACUCCCCGGUCACCCGUGGUGUCACCUUUGGCAUCACCUUUAGCAUCCCCCUUGGCUUCUUCGGCCAGUAGCUCCCCUGCCAAUCGUUCUGCCCCAAAAGUGGUUAAGGCAGGAAAACAAGGAAAGGCUAAGAAAGGAGAGGCAUUUGAGCCUGCUCCUGUCCAGGUAGAUCACAAAGUCCCAGAUGGAAAGGGAAAAUCAGAGGAACCUGACUUGAAGAAAUCUAUGACUACUGAAGCUAAAGCUUUCCCAGUUGAGACAAAAUCUCAGCCACCCCCUGCAUUUAAAGUCACCCAAAAGCCUGCUGUUGCAGCACCAAUUUCAUUCUCGGAUACUUUUGCUACAAGCCCCCCAAAAUCUGGUGAUAAAGUUGCUUCUGCAAAACCCGUAGUGCUUAUGGUCGAUGAUGAGCUUCCUCCACUUAUCCCACCUGAGAAGCUUGGUAAAAUGCAAGUCCCGGCACCUCCUGUUGCCAAAGACAGCGCAAAGCCUUCUAUGUCUCCUUCUGAACCUAGACCUAAAGGGGCUACUUCUGCUCCUCCAGAUGUCAGUAAAGCCAAGAUGAGUGCUGAACCCAAACCUUUGCUUGUCGAAGCUCCUAAGGCAGCAACCCCAGUGAAAACUGUAACUCAGGAGGUCACUAAGCCUUCUACAGAUUCCAUGGCUAAAUCUGCUGCUGGCAAGCCUGGCCAAGACAAACCUGCUGCAGAUGCUGUGAAGGCAGCAGUUGAGACAAAAUUUAUCUCUAUCACAGGUCCUAAACAAGUUGAGGACAUUGGGGCCUCGCCUCCUAAAGUUACCAAGCCAAAUGCUGGCAUAAUGUCAACCCCUCUUGAGGUUACCAAGCAAGCACCCGAAAAGGGUGCUGUGGUAGUUAAUAAGGCUCAGUCGGUUGACUCGAAGGAAAACGCUGGUGAGGCCAUCAAAAAAGCCAAACCAAUAGCUGCUGAGGCACCUAAAGCAGAUUUUGAGACUCCUAAACUGGUCAAACCAACUGAGGCACCCAAGAAGGCCAAAGCCAGCUCCACCGAGGCACCUACACCAGCCCCAGAAGUGGCCAAGCAGGCGGCCACCGAGGCACCCAAACAAGCCAAGCAGGCGGCUGCUGAGGCACCCAAACAGGCUAAGCAGGCACCCAAACAGGCUAAGCAGGCGGCCCCCGAGGCACCUAAGCAGGCGGCCCCCGAGGCACCUAAGCAGGCGGCCCCCGAGGCACCCAAACAAGCCAAGCAGGCGGCUGCUGAGGCACCCAAACAGGCUAAGCAGGCGGCCCCCGAGGCACCUAAGCAGGCGGCCCCCGAGGCACCUAAGCAGGCGACCCCCGAGGCACUCAAGCAGGUGACCCACGAGGCACCCAAGCAGGCAGCACCCAAGCAGGCGACCCCCGAGGCACCCAAGCAGGCGGUCCCCGAGGCACCCAAGCAGGCAGCCCCCGAGGCACGCAAGCAGACGGCACCCAAGCAGGCGGUCCCCGACGCAUCCAAGCAGGUGGCCCCUGAGGCACGCAAGCAGGCGGCACCCAAGCAGGGGGCCCCCGAGGCACCUAAGCAGGUGGCCCCCGACGCAUCCAAGCAGGUGGCCCCUGAGGCACGCAAGCAGGCGGCACCCAAGCAGGUGGCCCCCGAGGCACCUAAGCAAGCUAAGCAGGCAGCCCCCGAGGCACCCAAGCAAGCUAAGCAGGCGGCCCCCGAGGCACCCAAGCAAGCUAAGCAGGCAGCCCCCGAGGCACCCAAGCAAGCUAAGCAGGCAGCCCCCGAGGCACCCAAGCAGGCUAAUCAGGCGGCCCCUGAGGCACCCAAGCAGGCUAAUCAGGCGGCCCCUGAGGCACCCAAGCAGGCUAAUCAGGCGGCCCCUGAGGCACCCAAGCAGGCUAAGCAGGCGGCCCCUGAGGCACCCAAGCAGGCUAAGCAGGUGGCCCCAAAGGCAACCAAGCAGGCGGCCCCCGAGGCAACCAAGCAGGCGGCCCCCGAGGCAAUCAAGCAGGCGGCCCCCGAGGCAACCAAGCAGGCGGCCCCCGAGGCAACCAAGCAGGCGGCCCCCGAGGCAACCAAGCAGGCGGCCCCCGAGGCAACCAAGCAGGCGGCCCCCGAGGCAACCAAGCAGGCGGCCCCCGAGGCAAUCAAGCAGGCUAAGCAGGUGGCUGCAGACACCCCUAAAACAGCUGAGACUUCUCCAUUGGUGAAAGCAACAGCUCCUGAUGGUGCAGGUCAAACCAAGCUGGCCAAACCAGUCGAGGCACCCAAACAAGCCAAACCAACUGCUCCUGAAGCACCUAAAACAGCAAAACCGAAGGCUGAUGAAGAACCUAAACAAGCCAAGCAAACUACUGAAGUUCCCUCAAAACCUGCUCCAGUUGAGCCUAUUCCUCCGCCUCCAGCCCCACGUAAACUUACUUUUGCCGAGGCAGUUGCAAAACCUGCACCUGUCAAGCCUGAAGCUGAGAAAAUCAGCACUGCUCCCUCUAAUCAUGUCAUAUCAUCUAAACCUGCUGAAACCCCAGCCAAGAUGGAGUCUAUGAUCAAGGAUGACAAUGGAUCUGGCACAGAGUCGGACAGUGAUGACUCAGUUCCUGAGCUGGAAGAACAGGACUCUGCACAGACACAGACGCAACAAGCUCAGCUUGCAGCAGCUGCUGAAAUAGACGAAGAGCCUGUAAGCAAAGCCAAACAGAGCCGAAGUGAAAAGAAGGCACGAAAGGCGAUGUCAAAGCUUGGACUCAGGCAGGUAACAGGGGUUACCAGGGUCACCAUUCGCAAAUCAAAGAACAUCUUGUUCGUCAUCACCAAACCAGACGUCUACAAGAGCCCUGCGUCAGAUACAUACAUCGUCUUCGGUGAAGCUAAGAUUGAAGAUCUUUCUCAGCAAGCCCAGCUGGCUGCAGCAGAAAAGUUCAAGGUACAGGGAGAAGCUACAGCAAAGAUCCAGGACAACACACAGACACCCACAGUACAGGAGGAAAGCGAAGAGGAAGAGGUUGAUGAGACCGGAGUCGAGGUGAAGGACAUCGAACUCGUCAUGUCACAAGCCAACGUGUCACGGGCAAAGGCUGUACGCGCCCUGAAAAACAACAACAACGACAUUGUCAACGCUAUUAUGGAGUUGACGAUGUAACGAGAUCCUGUCAACAAAGAGUUGAAGAAAGGUUGCUGAUUAAAUCUGAGCUCAUUUAUACAAUUUAUACCGAGAUGGAAAUAAAGUUGUGGCUUGAUGAAAUUAAAAUCUGGCAUUUAUUGGGUCUCUUGGGGAAACGAGGGGAAUUUCACCUGAUUGAAUGUUUAAAAAAGACUUGCAGUACUUUUGUUUUUUUCCACUGGUGAAGUAUUUGUCCUUGUAUAAUGAUGAAAUCCAAAGUAGUCAUAAUAAAGGCUUUAAAAGUCAAUUUUUCAGAGUGAUGAGCAGGAAGAGUUGCAGCUGUAACAUUAUACCAUCCUCCAGAUGAGGAGAAUAUCAUGUCCUUUGCUGUUUUAUUCACCUCUGUCUGUAUUUGGCUUAUUUAUUUACACCAUAAAGACAAACUGAGUUUAGUGUCCUGAUAUGUAAAAUAAUAGAAUUAAAACUUGGUGUACUCACAUUUCACCUUGUAUUUACGCUCAUGCAUAAUUUAAAAUUACAUAAUAAAGGCAGGAUUGUGAAGUUCC